AUGGCCGACCAGGAGAACCAGGAGGGUCCGCCUCCGCAGGGGACGAUGUUGCCAGGGACGCCAGCACGCUCCACUCAGGAGGCUCCAGAUGCCGUCUGGUCGCGAAGAGACAAACUGCUCGUGUCCGCGAGGGUGAUGGAGACGCUGCAAGCGAAGCUGCAGCCUCUGGCACAGGCAAGGGCCAGCCCGGGCCCCUGUGAACCACUUCGAGAAACCGCUGCUUCUGAACGUGGCUCCAUCGACCCCAAAGAUGUACAGGAGGGCAUGUCAGUUGGGAUACCCGUGAUAUCCUGGCAGCUGGACAACCAACUGGACGAGAUGAUGGCGUCCCGCAAUGGCUCCCCAAACCCGAAAAUUGAGGUCCGAGAGCGCUUGGUGCAAGAGCUCAAAAAGAUUGGGCUCUGGACGGGCACAUCCGAGACACAGCCCAUUCAUACGCGGGGAGCUAUGUUCCAGACAAGGACUGCACCAGAUAUUCGUGUACAUGUUCAGAUUGCAGCUCGAUCAGACCAAGAGUCCUGGCCCCUUGUCAGCGAGAUCCACUGCACCAGCGUCAGGUGCGGCCUUGCGCAGGACACCGCCUCGAAAGCCGUAUCGCUUCUUGAGGCUCGUAGGUACUGGCGCCAGCGCUUCCUUUCCGAGGCUCUUCAGACGAAUCCGGGGCAGCCGGAACCGGAUGGUGAGAGAGCUGUUCAGAGCAUGCAGUGGCCGGAAGCCACGCAAGAGUUUUUCGUGAGCAUUCUCAUGGAGGCCGUGUUCAAUGCCCUGAAGGAUGUGAAGCUUCCAGGCGCGCAGCCCAUGCCAUCUCUGCAGACAGAAUCUCUGCAAGACUUCUGUUUCCCUCCGCUAUAUGCAGAAGAUACCUAUGCGGACAUGGGCUGCCAGCUGAGCCCCCCCCAAUUCCUCAAUGUAGCAGCCCCACUCUGGAUGGCAGUUACGAGGAGCCUGGCAGAUACGAAGAGGGAGUUGCAGCGGCUGGGCGGCCAAGCGCAUCUUCAAGUUGCAUUGAACACCCCUGUAGUUUACAAGUCCUCGUCGAAGAGGGGUAAGCUCCUCUGUGGGAAUGUGCUCAUGUUCGUGCUGGACUCCUUAAGCCAGCGCCAAAGCGGGGGGAGCCCUGGGGAGCAGCGAGAUGUCAUCCGUAGCCUCCUGGAGCACCGAGCAGAUGCAGAGUCUUGCUACGGGAUGUUUCCGAUUGGAACGAAGGACAGCCUCGGAGAGUUUCCGGUGUUGAGCUUGGCGAAGGACCAGGUCGUUACGCAGUUACUGCUGGACCAUGGAGCGCAGCCAGACCAGACGAGUCUUGUGAACUUCUUCCCCUCCGGCUCCUGCCUUUGGACGGCGACCUGGCGAUCGAGCCCAGUCUUUACGCUGCUUCUUCGUCACAGCAAAGGUGUCGACAACCACGGAUGGUAUCCAGAUACAUCGCCGCUCAUCCCGGGUCAAGAGCCAGAUGGCUGCAGGGUGCUGGCUCUGGCAGCCAUGACAUCCGCCGAGGAGCACAUGAAGCUGCUGCUGGAGAAAGACGCUUCGCUUGGACAAGACAUGGCCCAUGUGCUUGCAUAUUGCCCAAGUGGCAAUGCUAGAAUCCUGGCUCGAAGCCUCUUCCAAUCCGCAAAGAACGCGCGACAGAUCGUGGAUGGCAGUGCCCUGAGGCGCAUGUCGGGCAUGAGACUGGAGCUCUUCUUCAAAGAAGUACUGAACCAUGGCCCCUGCCAGAAAGCAUUGCGAGAGGCUCUCGCAGCGGAAUGCCGCGACCCCAAGCGCAAACAUCCAAAGUUUCUGUUGAAUCGGACCGUGCAGGAGAUCCUAACGAAGGCGCCGCUGGCUGCAGGAUGCCUCUUGGAUUUUCAAGCCAGGCCCCCCGACGUGGCUGACUUGAACAGGUUUCCCUUGGCUCAGAGCUGCUUCUUCGACGUGCACGAGCUCCAGAACACGGCUUAUGUCGGCGGAGUCCAGUGGACCAACCGCACGGAGGACCGCGCCGAAAUGUUUGCAGACAACCUCGCUCCACCAGUUGCAAUGUCGCCAUGGUUGGCAGGGAAGGCCAAGACUAAUCCGUAUCUCAUGCUCUUCAUCACGGCUCUCUACUCCGUUCUGCCAGAAUACAGACGCCAGCAUGCCUGCGAAAUUACCGUGCUCAGGCACCCCAACAUUCUCAACCCCACAGUCAUGCAGACGUUGGAGAAACUUCCCCAUGAGCAGCUGGUGACUCUGUUUAUGAAGAGCUAUGCUUUUCGAGGCAUUGCCUACCACCUGUGGACAGUUUACAAAGGGCUUUGUUACAUGGACGUAUCAAUCACCGUGUUACAGCUCUUAAGUUUGGUGAUUUGGUGGCGGAGCGCUCUCAUCGAGGAGGUUGUGAUUGCAUGUUGGUGCAUAUUUACAGCCGGCGUGCUUCUGGAUGCAUCAGGUGUGUUACUGAAGCUUAGUCAGCUGCGUCGGCCUUCAUUCAAACGAGUUCUACAGACAGGCCUGGGUUUCUGGAUGUCCUACAUCACGUGGGCAGCAACCACCUCGAGUCCUUUUCGGACUCCCACGGCAGUAAAUAUGGCUCUUGGAAUUCUGGGGGGUAUCUACGAGCUGAGGCUCUUUUACCCCUUGGGCCUUCCCUUGGGUUCGAAUUUGGUUCCCAUCAUGCGGGCUGCCCAGACCAGCCAGUUCAUGGCGAUGCUGAUCCUCUUGAUGUCCAUCAUUGCCGCAACAUAUUUGGCAGCCUGCGUGGAGUUCCGCGAACUGGGGGAUGAACUGUUGCCAGUUGCCGUAAGGACUUGGCAGACCUUGAUCGUCGGAGAAUCUUCUUUGUAUGAUGUUGACGACUACGAGCACGAGCUGCCACGGUACCUGUUUGUCUCCGCUCUCUUCUUUGUCUGCAAUGUCGUGCUCAUGAACAUUUUCAUCAAUGUGACUGGCGCAAGUUACGAAGAAGAGCGAAAAUUGGAAUGUGGAACUUUCAGUGCAGAGCGAUUCGGCACCUGCAUGGAGUUCACAGGGAUCACUUUGAGAAGCCGUCAGCUGGUGUUGGUGUUGGUAGGCUUGGCCGUGCUGAGCAAAGCCGCCAUCAGCCUGGUUCAGUGGGAAACGAGGAUCCUGGUCUGCGAACUUGUAGUGCUGGCAUGCUUCUUAAUGCUCUAUGGUGUGCAGUGGUUUCUGGGCAUGCGGGCUGACCGGCUCUUUGACGGAACCGGCAAGCCCCGAUAUUUGUGGAUAUGUCGUGCAGUAUGCCAGGAGGAUGAGGAUGAGACCGAGAAGGAAGAAAAGAAGCCGGUGGAAAGCACCUCUUGCUCAAGUACUUCAGUUACCGAAACCGUCGCCCACCGCGUGCCUACGAGGCGCCCCACAGUUCCCAUAAUUCCCACAGGUCCACAGCAUGAUUGGUUACACGAGUUCGUCUCAAGCAUGCAGCUGGACUUUGGAAAGUAUUUGGAGCUCACUCUUCAGCUUGCAGAGAAGAACAGCAUACUGCAAAGCCACAUGCUAGAGUUCCUUCGAAGUUCUGCCGACCAACACAGUGACUCCAGCCAGUGCAUUCUGGACCUCCCGAAAUACUUGCUGCAGACCCUCCAGUGGUCGGAAACGAACAGCCUCGUGCAGGGCGAGUUGCUGCAUUUCAUCGCAAGGUGUGCCAAAGAUCAGAAGUCUGCCAGCGAAUACGUGGAGCAGCUCAUCCUCCGAUUGAACCUUUCACCAGACGAUGCCACUCAUGUCCGAAAGCAAGUUCAAGAAGCAUGGUCGGGUGGUAGCACAGCUCAAACAGGCUAG